AAUUUCAACAUUUGGGAGGAGAUGGACACAAUGCAAAAGAGAGGAAGAUAAAGAUCGACACAAAAGACGGAGAGAGAGCAACUAUGAAUAGUGAUUACGCGUCCGACUGUACGGCAAGUUGUGAAGCUUCGUGCACUAAAGGACGUAAAACUUUUUCGCCAAGGGUUGAACAGCAAUUAGAUCCUAAUUACGAGAAUUUUAUCGUACAUGAGCUAGAGGAUAGAUCCGAGUCUGUGUCACAGUACUUCACCAACCGGUGGCACGUAGAAAUGGCUGACAAUACAAUGAAGAACAAUACUUGGGAAAUCGAUCARUCCAUCAGAUCAGAUCAGAAGUAUGAAGCUUACGACCUUCAGGAUAACCAGCCCGAAAUGAAUAAGAACUAUUUCAAAGCAAAUGAUAUUUGCGACCCAGAAGAUAACCACCCGGAAAUCAAAAAGAAGUCCACUGUUCUAGUCUUAGUUGUCAAUUCUGCAGCCAUUUAUCCAAAUGACAAUGAUCCGUCUCCAGCUCCCUCAAAUUUUGGCCAUCAAACGGAACAAUAUAUCCCAGAAAGACAAAACGAUGCUCGAGCAAACCAUCAAGACUUCAGAUCGUGCUGUGGACAACGGCCAAUCAAUGGUCAAAUGGAUCAUGCGCCCCAGAACUCUUUCCAAAAUCAGCCGCAAUAUCAAGGACUCUGCUCGUGUCAGGAUGGCAAUGAGGAGUGGUAUGGCGAGAAUUCGAAUGCGAUGGACUGCCAAUGUGAGCCAAUGUGUGAUUGCGACUGUAACUGCGAUUCAGGAGAUAGCCAGGUGACAAAUCAAAUGGACCAGGUGAUAAAUGAGUUGGGCCAGGUGACAAAUGGGUUGGGCCCGGUGACAACUGAGAUGGGUUAUGCACUUUUAAAGCUGCUGGAGCAGCACAGAGCUGCGGCAGAACAGAAAGCAAAAACCAAAACUACGACAAAUAGGAAAGCUACAAGCCAGAAAAGAAGAACCCAUAAAACGACAAAUCAGAGGUCAGCAAACAGGAAAGCAACAGACAUGAAAGGCACAUUCUACAAUCGAUUCUCGACACCACCUUUUGUGAUCGAGCCAAAGCCUCGUUGCUACUUCAUCCGAGGUCCGGUGUGCUGCAACACGUGCAACACGUGCAACAGUUGCAACAGCUGUCGCUGUUAUCAGUACUAGGAGAAGUCAAUCAGAGAUAGA